AUGGCAGAAAUUGAGGCAGCGAUCGAAGCAGGAGAAAUCCCAAUCGAACUCGAAGCAGACGAAAUCCCCAUAGAAGCUUUGCUCGACCAUGGAAUUCACGCUCGUGAUGUGAGUAGAGUCUUACUUUCUGGAUUCGAGACCUGUAAUAUGGUGGAGAACAAGGAGAUGCUCAACGGAAUCCACGGUAUAACAGAUGCAACAGCUGAGGCUAUUUGGAGAGCGUGUGAAAAGCUUGUGAUGGAGAAUUUAAACAAGCAGCAAGUAUUCCAUGCCACAAUUGAAGAUCUCAAGCUUCAGCUUCAGAAACUGGCUAUUCAAUGUGGAAAAAAAGGAGCUCUGCUAGUUCUUGAAGAUAAAGAAGGAGCCGAAACCGAAUUAGUGUUGCCUUUCCCAAGCGAUAAGGAACUUAGAUGGGCCAAUCUCUGUUUCAAAACAGAGCUCGAGGAUAAGAUAGAUGCUGAAGACUUAAUAUGUGCUAAGCUUGAGAAGACUAAAUGGGAGAUGGAGUCAAAGAUCUUUCAGAGUACGAAGCAAGGAAGAGUGAGUGAUUGCAUGUCUUGGAACAAAGAAGAAUAA